AUGGAACAUGAAAAGAAUAAUGAAUUGGGAAUGGAGGAAUUUGGAUUUAAUACAGAUGAUUUAGUUUGUGAAUUGUAUCAACCAAAGCAAAAGAAACCAAUUCCAAUAGUUGAUUAUUCUCCAAAGAUUGAUUCAAGUUUGUGGUUUCUUAAUUGUGAUCCAUCUGUAAUAAAAUUAGAUGAUCUAGUUGUAGUUAAUAAUAAUAAUAAUAAUGAUAAUGAUACUACACAACCACGACCGUCGACCGCUCUCGAGCCGCCAGCCAUCGUCUUCAAAGACUCGAAUAUCAUCUAUCUACUCGCACAGUGCUAUCAUCGAUUGGGACAAUUCCAAGAGGCGAUAGAACAGUAUCAUCGUGCCAUCACCUACAAUCAAGUGGUUUGGGAGUGGUGGUUCAAUCUUGCACAUUGUUAUCUUGGUAGAUCGAUGGUAGAUCGUUCAUCAAUAGUAAAGAAUACAAACAUGGAAUCGUAUAAUAUAACAACAGCAUCAACAACGACAGGAAUCAAAUCAAUAUUGUGUGGAAAACGUAGUAUUACCAUUGCAUUGUUUCAUUUGAUGAAUUCUAUCAUUCAAAAGAAAUCACUUGACACUAAGGCGGGUUGGCAACAACCAUUGGUCAAAGUACACGAAUCUAUUUCACAAAUCUAUCAGUCAUUGAUAGACUAUGAUAUUAAAGAUCUAUUAGAUCAAUUCAACAAUAAUACCAAUAACACAGAGCAGACAAUGAAUGAUUUCGAAUUGAAAUGGUUCAUUCAAUAUAAAGAUAAAGAAAAUGACGAGACUGAACAAUUGGAAGAAGAGAAUCCUUACAACCUAUAA